UUUUACUUAACAUAUUGAGGUUAAUGGUGCUGUUGAACCGACGAUUUUUCAGGGGAAAAUGAAAAGAACAAAUAAUUAACCCUUUAAAAUCACCAGGUGAACCUUUGGACAAUGUUUCUAAAUAGAAAACCAACUUAAAGAAAUUGGAAUAUUUGAUAGAGACAUAGAAUGCGACCAGGAACAACCCCACACACUGUAUCUGCAAUAAAACCAUUUACUGGAACUUCCACUUCAGAAGAAUUUGAUCAAAGUGAUGUUGCUUUUGCAGGAGUUUCAAAGGAUGGAUCAAUAUGUUGGCUUGUUAGAGAGGCUGUUCUUGAGGUGUUGGAUACAAGAACAAGCCAGUGUCUAUCAUCUUGGAAAUUUGGCGAGAUCAUCUGUGAUCCUCAUGCCUACAUAACAUGUGUAAAGGAAUACCAUUACGGAAGCAAUCGUAAACUGUUGGUUGGAGUUUGUUAUUCAUCACCGUGUGGUCUUCUAUGUAUUCUUGACAUCCACCUUUCAAAGAUCACCAGGACCAUAGAGAUCCCACAAAAGAUUUCAUCGUUAGAUCCUAUUACAAACACCGGGGGAGAUGAAAGCCCUGUUUGGGCACUGAGUGCACACUUGCGGUAUUUCUAUGGCAUUGUUGCAGUGGGAACUAAUGGUGGCAUUGUGUAUCUGAUAGACAUGUGCCUGGACGAUGAUGUGGAAUCUGACGAGAUAAAACCAAACAAGCUGCAGGUAUUAUCCCCCCGCUCACGUGACACAGAACAGAGAAGGGUGCAGGCCAUGUCCAGGUCCCAGAACCUCUGUAUGGUCCUAGACGAAGAAGCACAAGGAAAUGGAUACAAAUACAGAAAAUGUGAUGGAACUGUUAUGAAGACAUUUAACACAGAUGCUAUACAUGUCAGCUGCUUGCAGUAUAUCCAGCAAAUUGGCAGUCUGUUUGUGGGUUUUAGUUUUGGCUGUUAUCAAAUCUGGAAACUUCAUGUCCCAGUACUGGAAUACAGCAGCAGAUUAGAGGGAGAAAUGGUCCCCAUCACACAUGUAGCUUACCAGGAACCAGAGAAUGAUCCCAAAAAUUUCAGCUACAUCUGGGUCACAAGAAGCACUGGAGAUCACCAAGAUGAUAGUUUGUCAGGAAUUUCUUUGUACCAGUUGGCAUAUAACAGGAAGACUCUGUAUAGCAAUUAUGGAGCUUUCUAUGAGGACCUGACCUCAGUUAGCCUGAGGUUUGACCUUGAACUGGUGGCAUCUCCUUUGAACCCUAGUGUAAAAUCCUCUGUGUCAAGUCGGAUCAUCACCUGCUAUACAUUACAAGAUCCCUGUUACAAGCCACCCUCAAAACUGAAUGAAGAGGAAUCUUUUGAAGAAAGUUUACAUGGUCCAGAUCUAAGUCUGAGUGUGUUUGUGUGGGAGUGUUCAGAUGGAUCCAAACAGACAUCUCACAUGGCAAUAUUUGACAUGAAUCGCUGGUACCAUGCUCAGAUGCCCUACACUCUCAGAGCAGCAUCAGGGCCUUUGGACACCUGCUCCUACUUUUCCUUUCUAAGUCUGGAUGAGAUCGCGGAGCAGUCUGAGCAAGGAUCUGUUCUGGCUGUGUACCUAUCAGUGGACAAACUGAGUCGAUUCACCAACACCUCCCUUAUGCCCCCAGAACAACACUUCUAUCCCUCAGCACUGGCUUUUAAUGCACUGUGUGUUGUUGAUGAAGGAGUAGUGAAAGCUCACUAUCUGGGAACCCAGCGGCAGGUAAUGGCUACAAUGCAAAAAGUUGGACCAUCCAUACUUCUAAAUCCUAAGGAACUGUAUAACCUGUGUAUAGUUGUGGGACUGUUACCCCGGCCUCUGGACUCAGCUGCCAGCAAUCCAACCCUUGUGCAGAUGAAGGAAUCCUUACUGACUAUGGCUCUUAACUACCACAUGCUAUCUUUCAUUAUCAAGUGUGUCCAGGAAUGGGCCCCAGGAGAGUUUGUUCAUGUUGGCUGUACGCUUAAGUUCCUUUUGGACUGGGUUUGGAAUCGAGUUGCCGAGAUCAAGAACAACAUUGAUAACUCAUGUGUGACGCUGUACGACUUUUCUGGAAUCCCACUAGACAGGCGAGCCGUGCAGACUCUCUACCAGUCCAAUCAGAGACUGGGCAGUAUAGAGGCCAUUAUCAAGGCUCUUAUCACCCAGUCAGCACCCACUACUGAAGAGGGUAUUGGUGACUUGCAGGACAAGUUGUCUGUUGUUACAUUUAUACAGCAGCAUUUACAGAUGGUUAUAUGGUUUUACAACAUGGGGCUCCUUCCGAAUAGAGAUGAGGAGGAGGAGAAUGAUCAGCAAUACAAGUACCCUGCUGGAUUUCUUAUCCAGUCCUAUACACAGAAAAGGCAGGAACUCCAGAAACUAGAUAGCUCUGUAGGGUUGACGGACGUGUUGAUGAUUGAUGGGAUGGUAGAGCAGAUGGGGGAGAAAGUGAGGAACCUCUGGUACAGCGAGGGAGGAAGUGGCAUAUAUCCUCCCAAUUCCUUGCAUGCUUUGUUGAGUAUCUACCUGUUGGAUGACAUUUCUCUGAUGGACAAACAUUCCAUGGUUCUGUACUCACUUCUGGACAUGGUGUCUCUAGCAGACCCUUCCUCCCAUGAUAAGCUGGCGUCACAAGUUCAGAAGUUUUCCAGGAAAUUUGGAAUUCCAUAUUCCGUUGUGAAACAGGUCCAGGGAUUCUGGCUUCUGGAUCACAAGGAUUUUGAGGAAUCCAUGUCCCUAGUUCUGGACCCCCUGGUGACUAUGGACUUUGGCAGGUGGCAGCACCAGCGAAUCGUCAAGUCCCUGCUGUACCAGGGAGAAAGUAAGAUGGCUGCUCGUUAUCUGGCAACUGUCCAACCUUCUUUGUCGACUCCAGAAGAAGUGAAACUAAAGUUAACAGUACUUCUGGCCAGUGGGUUAACAGCUGAGGCAUUAGAGUACCAGAGAUCAUGCCAGGAUCAAACGCAUGCCUUAGAUUUACUGCAACACAUUUUCCAGGCCUGCCAACAAACUAAGACAGUGGACCAACUACUACAGCUCCCGAUGACCGGACAGGAGGAGGAGACCCUGGUCCAGUUCCUGACCGCCAGUAAUGACCAGUACUGUCAGGAGGUCCUCAUACUGCACUAUCUACAGAGGGCCUGUUAUGUAGAGGCCAUCAGGCUCAACGAGAAACUCAAACAAACCGUCAUGAUUGAUGCAAGUGCAAAAGCUAGAGAAAGAGCCACAGCCAGAAAUGCUAUUGUAGAUGGUUUCCUGUCAGUUUUAACGAGUGUGCAGAAGAAACUUGUCUGGGAGAGUUAUCGUUGCCAAAAGAAGCCAUCAUCAUCAAGGAGAGAGGUGAAGAGACCCCAGCCUUUGUCUACCAAAGUGACAAAGAGGACUUAUAAUAUGCAGUCACGGUCCUCUCUGUAUGCAGAUGUAAUGAACCAUGUGGAAGAAAUGGAGACUGAUGAUAAAAUGGACACGUCUGACAGAACCCCAGACAGAGUAUCUAGAAAUGCUGUCUUUGGAACUCCUCUUACACCAAGAGCAAAUGAAACAUUGAAAACUACCAAUGUGGUUUACCCAGAAAUUAACCAAACCCCCUGGCAGAAUACCAGUCUCAGCUUAAAUACAAGUGGGCUUACCCCCAUCAGAUCUAAAAUGAGAGUUCAAGGAGCUUCUGCCUUAAAACUGUUACAAACUCCAAAAGUGGAGCGAAAGACACCACGGAAAUCUGUUCGAUCCUUGUCAUCUGCCCCCACUCCCCAGUCCAUCCUGAAAGUCCGCAACCUUAUCAACAGCAGCUCCCAACUACUGUCACCAGAUACAAGCAACAAAGAUCUGUCCACGGUCCAGGCACCUCCAUCCCAAAAAUUAGGCUUCAGUGAAGAGUCUAUGGCUGUUUCUCCUAAAUCAAGCAAGCCUGCUUCUCCGAAAGCUUCAUUCCUGAUGAAUUCUGAGUCAGUUCAUGGAACACCCAAAAAAUUGAGGUUUGCCAUGGAAGAUGCUGAGGGGUCAGCUGAAGUGGAACCUCCAACACUGAAAAGAGUUUCUCCUGCUCCGUCCCCCAAAAAACUACGCUUCUCAGAUGUUGGUGAUAGGGAAUCGAUUAGUACAACUCAGAGAUCACCCAUUAAAGUCAGGUCAGCCUUGGCUAGAUCUCCAGUCCGACCUGUUAAAGAUCGUAGUCCAACACCAGAAAGCAUUUCUAUGUCACCUAAGAACCGCUCAAAACUGGACAGGGUGAAUCGCUCUCCAAGAACAAGUAUAUCGGAUGAGGAAACCACCAAAAACAAAGUCCAAGGAGAAGACAUAGAAAUGGAAGAAGACGGAUCUUUCCACUCUCCGUCUGUGCCAUAUCCCAGCGAGAUCAGUGCCAUUAGAUCUUCACCAAAGGAAGUGGAAGCAGCUGCCUCAAAGACUGGGGAGGUGUCCCCUACCAUUGUCAUGUCUAACUUUCCCAAAGGGAGGUUCACUCAGCUGAAAAACUCUCCACAUAAAGCCAGUCCAAAGAAACUAAACAUUGGCUCAGUCUGCAGGUCUCCCACUGUCAAACUAUCCCAGGAAAGGACGGCAUUGUUCAGUGAUAUAGAAACAGUGAAGACAUCAGAAGAGGAAGUAAGCACUACCACAGGAGUGAAAGAGCCCAUCGAGAUUGACUUAACUAUGGAGGAGGAUGAGGAAGAAGAAGACAUUCCUAAUCAGACUGGUGAAGAGGUUAGUACGGCAGUGGAAGAAGUAAAAGACAGAACUCUGGUGUCUGCAGCGGACAGUUCUGUAGACAACAUUCCAACAUACGCUUUCGCUCCUCCAGCAAGUACCAACGAUGUACCAUCAGUGGAGAGGAGAGCUUUCCAACGUUUACGAUCAAAGCAUCAGUUUACUUUUUCACCACCUGUUCAAGUUGACUCACCUGGACAUAAAGAUGGAGGUACUAGCUUUGAUUUCAGCAAGACAGCUGAAGCAGAUAGUACAUCAGAAGUAAGAACUGAUAACAAUGAAGUGUUUUCUUCAGUGAAUGGAAAAAUAGAUGUUUCCCCAGAUGAGGAAGUUAGCAUUAGAAAAGAAUCGAAGGCUCGUAGGGGAAAUCUGAGAUCUCAGAAAUUUAAAUUUAGUUUAAAAUCUCCACCAUCUGAACAGAAACUUCUCGGAAGGAAGACAUCUAAAUCUUCGAAAAAAGCUGAUGGAUCUUUUCUGAGUGAAUCAAGUGAUGCUAGGACAAAAAAAUCUCCCAAAAAAGACAACAAAAAAGAUGCAUCUACGUCUAUAUCAAAAAGAACACGUAGAACUCCAUCUAGGAAAUCUGCAAAGAAGUCAGAUUCCGAGAAGGAAUCUACAGAACAAGAAGAAGUGGAGAGUGAGGUUUCAGAGGAUAUUCCAGACUCUGGCACACAGCCUGAAAGUGAAGAACCAGAGAGUGAUAAUAAAGAACAGAGGUCAAGACGGGGAAGGUCAAGGAAACAAAAUGUGUCAACCACUCAGACAAAAGAAAAGUCAUCAAGUAGAUCUCCAUCCACAAAAUCUCGAAAAGGAUCAAAAUCUAAAUCUCCAAGUGUGUCGCCUUCACAGAAGACUGCUAUAAGUCGCUCUAGAUCUAGGUCAAAAUCACAAGAAAAGGUUGUCAACAAGGCCAAGGUCACUCCUUCAAGACAUUCCACUAGGAAGGCUUCAGAAUCCUUUUCACAAGAUGCAUCUUCUAGUGUUGUUGAAAAACCAGUUAGACAUUCAGGUAGAAGAGGAGGCUCAAAAUCCAAAUCUCCUGUUGCAGAAGUGCCUGUCACACCAACCAGACAUUCCUCGCGACUCAGAAGUAAGAAGUCACUCUCCCCUUCACAAGACAUUUUACUGGAGACCUCUGUCAGAUCAAGGAGGAACAGGGGUAAAGCAGUUAAUUCUUCCUCCAGAGAAAGAAACAAAUCCCCAAAAUCAAAAGAGGGUAAAGUGGUGAAGAUGGAAGAAAGCCCCACUCCAAGAAGAGGAAGAAGAAAACAGCUGAACAGCGAGUCAUCUGAGGUAGAGGUUCAACAGACAAAAACUCCAUCAAGAAGAACGAAGAAAAAAGAUCAAGAGCAACAAGAUGACGUCAAUAAGACUACUGAAACAGAGAUUGGUGCAACAGUAACAAAAACGGUGACCACUCCUAGCAGACAUGGAAGGAAAAAGCAAAUAGAAGCAGACGAACAAGAAAAAGAGUCAGAAACUGAAACUAAAGAACUUCCUGCAACUCCAAGCAGACGUGGUAGAAAGAAACAAACAAAAGCAGACGCAGAGGAAAAGGAGUCUGAAGUGGAAAAUAUGGAAGUACCAACUACUCCAAGCAGACGUGGAAGAAGGAAGCAGACGGACACAGACAUGGAAGAUAAGGAAUCAGAAAUGGAGAGUGCAAAAAUCUCCACCACUCCCAGCAGACGUGGAAGAAAGAAGCAGACGGACGCUGAACAAGAGGAUAAGGAAUCUGAAGUGGAGAGUGCAGCAGCAACAACCACUCCAAGCAGACGUAGCAGGAAGAAGCAGACAGACGUGGAUAUAAGUGUUCAGGAGAUAGAGGUUGAUGCAGUGGUCACUCCAAGCAGACGUGGUACGAGAGUUAUUGUAGAAAGAAAAGUUACAGAGGUACAUGUUGUUGCUCAAACCGAGGUCACUCCCAGUAGGAGGGGAAAGAAAAAACAGUCACUAAAGGAGCAAGAUGUGGAGGAGGCAGAAGGAACUGAGACGGGGAGUGGAUCAAGGGAGGUUGAGGAGGCAGAGAGUCAGGGAAUGGAAGUGGAAGAGAUGCUCAACAAUAUAGAUGAUGCAGAAACCGAUGAUCAGAUGUUUGAAGAUGAGAAUAAAAAUGACAAUGCAGCUUCUCUGUCGUUUGAGUUUGCCUUGCCUGUUGGUGUGGAAAUAGAUGAAGAUUCCAAAAGAGAGCUAGAAGCUAGUUUUGAGGCUGCCAAUUCUUUCAUCUUCUCCCCACCACUGACGAGGGGUUUAAGCAAACGUCUCAGUGUAGAACCAGAUGGUCGAACCAGUAUAUCCAGUCGGCUUAGUCUAGAACCGGAAUCCAGAAGCAGGCCUUCCCAGAGCAGAAUAAGUCAACAGGUACCUGAAUCAGUUCCCCCAAUACUUCUACCUGCAGAUCUUGUAACACCCAGGCCACCUAUUCAUGAAAAGAUAUCCAUACCGAGGAGAAUGUCUUUACGAGGUUCCAGAAGUGUGACUCCUGAGGCUCAGGAUAAACCCGCCGUGCCCAGACGAGGGGCCUCCGAACCUCCAGACAAUCCUCCCGUGAACAAAGUCAGGAGAAGGGGGAGGAAAAAGAGAGAGCCCUCCCCUGUGGAUGACGUCAGUCUGAUUCCCGAGAUCCCUGAGGAAGAGGAGCCGGUGAUGACGAGGAGUCUGAGGUCCAGACGGGGUCACUCUGAGGAGCCCAAUACCACACAACGCAACGCGCGGCGAGGGAGGAAGAAGGCCUACAGAAUUUAAUUAUUAGCCCAAUACCACACAAUACAAUACACGAAGAGGGAGGGAAAAGGCUUACAGAAUUUAAUAAUUAGCCCAAAAUUACACAACGCAACACUCAGCGAGGAAAAAAUAGGCUUAUAGAAUUUGAUAACAGUGCAUGGGGAAAUAAUCGAGAUUUUUGAAUACAUAAAGAACCGACAGAAAUGUAUUUGUACUUUUCAUCACUGUCUUCUCAUCAAGAAGUGAAUGCAAUUAUUGUAUAUUUUUAUGUUAAGCAGAAUUUUUGUAAGUUCAGAAUGUGCAGAGUUGUUUGGAAGGAAUGAAUGCAGAGUUUUGUAGGUUAAAUAAUACAAUUAUAGAAAAUUAAGGACAAGUCAAAAUUAUUGUUAACUUAUUCUAAGAAAGUAUAUACAUGUAUUUGUAAUGCAGCAAUUGUUAAUGUGAAGGAAGAUUUGCAUUGUGGAAUUUUUUUGCUGGGCAAAAUGUAAAUUGAAGACAAUUGAUGCCAUUGAAAAUUGAUAUUUGUUGUCCUUUUUCAUAAAAUAAAAGUUAAAAAACAAAAAAA